AUGGCUGGUGCAUGUGGCCGUUCCAACCGUAGUCAAUCGAAAGCAAUGAUCUUUUCAUCUUCAUCAAACAAAGAUCCAUCAACGCCCUUUCGGGCUAUGCCCGAUCAAAGUACAGAUUAUCGGAUCGUCGUUCUUGGUGGUGCUGGCGUUGGUAAAACAAAUUGUGUUCUUCGAUUUGUCAAUGGACAAUUCCGUGAAAAUUAUGUUCCAACGAUUGAAGAUACCUAUCGACAAGUCGUUUCAUGCAAUAAACAAAUAACUACUUUACAAAUCACUGAUACAACCGGGACACAUCAGUUUCCAGCGAUGCAACGAUUAAGCAUUCAAAAAGGUCACGCUUUUAUGUUACUCUAUUCGAUAACAAACAAACAGACAUUAGAAGAAUUGAGACCUAUCUAUACCCAAAUACGUGAAAUAAAAGCUGAUCAGCAAUGUGAUACGCCGAUAUUACUAAUGGGCUGCAAAUCGGACGAAGCUGCGUGUCGGGAAGUAACAGAAAAUCUCGGCAAACAACUGGCAGCACAUUGGUCAUGUGCCUGGAUUGAAACAUCAGCGAAGAACAAUAUCAACAUUCGCGAAGGAUUCCAAGAAUUGCUUAAAUUGGAUAAAAAGCGACAAUUCAAUUUCAAUGUCGAUCAGGAUGGCCAUCUUCUCGAAGAAAAUGGAGGAACACCUGCUCCAUCGUCUCCUGCGUCACAUGCCGGGAAACGCUUAGUUAUAACCAAUUCUUGUUCAUCAACAACAACUAAUAGUGGCAGUAAUCAGAAUAUAACUGAAACAACAACGGCUGGUGCUGCGUUGACGCGACCCACAACACCUGUUCUACACGGAAAUAAAACAAAUCGAUCAUCUGCGCAUCCGAAUGAUUCGAAGAAAAAUCUCAAUUCUGAUACGACAGCAAAUCGAGCGGCGACUCGAAAAUGUUUAGUUAUGUAG